AUGGCAGGAUAUGGUUAUGCCUACCGCAGCGUCUCAACUUACAGUACCACCCGAACUAGUUCGGGUGAGCCGGCUGUUACAAAACCAUUUGCUCCGUUUGUUCCCAAAAGUAACGGUAGUAACUACUCAAAGGGUGCUGUUCCCAAAAAAAUAAUAGUACCAGUGGCUAGCAGGCCUUAUGAUGAACCUGCGAGCGAGAAAUAUGCCUCUUCGGGAGAUGAAUCUGAUGAUGAAUUGCAUCAUCAAACAGUCCCCGUUCAUAGCUCGCCGCGUAAAGGUGUUGAUCAGUUCCCGGCCAAGGUGUUGCAGAAUCACGAAGGUGGCCGUAAAUCUCAAAGAUUGGGUCCUAUAGUUGAUCGGGGUCGCCAUAGUCCACAGCCAACAGCUGAAGGACGCAAGCCAAUUGGAAUUAGUCCAAUUAAGAAUGAUAAGUAUGAUGGUACUAAUGGUUCUCCAAAUCUCUACAAAGAAGGGCGUAAACCAAUUGAGGGAGAUAGUAGCCUAAGGAGUGGACAUGAUGGCUAUGAUAAAAAUGGAUAUGGUAGUGAUAAAGGACACAAGCCAAUCGAAAAUGGCAUUAAAAGUGGAAACUACGAUAGUCCUAAGAGGUACGGUGGUGAUCAUCGUGCAGCAGUUGCAGGAGAUCCAAAUCAUCCUUAUAAAGAAGGGCGCAAACCGAUAACAGGUAUCAUAAGGAGCGCUCAUGAUGGCUAUAGCAACGGAUAUGGUGGUGACAAAGAAGGACGCAGGCCAAUUGAAAGUAACAUUAAGAAUGGCAACUAUGAAUAUGAUAGUCCUAAUAGGUAUGGUGGUGACUACAAAGAAGGGCACAAGCCAAUUGGAGGAGGUAGCAUAAGGACUAGUCAUGAUGGCUAUAACAGUGGAUAUAGUGGUGACAAAGAAGGAUACAAACCAAUUGGAGGAGGUAACAUUCAGAAGGACUACUAUGAUAGCCCUAAUGGAUAUGGUGGUGACUACAAAGAAGGGCACAAACCUAUUGGAGGAGGUAACAUUCAGAAUGACUACUAUGGUAGCCCUAAUGGAUAUGGUGGUGACUACAACCAAAAAGAAGGGUACAAGCCCAUGAGGAAUGGCAACUAUGGUAACAAUUAUGGUAAUGUGCCAAAAAUUAGUUCAGAUUGGAGUGUGGCACCGAGAAAAGGGACCCAACUAAGCGAGCCAACGCAUGAUAUUGACAAGGCUUUGGAAUUGUUGAAGAUCGAAGCUGCAAAACGCGAUCACCCCUACGAAAGCAACAAUGAUCAUCAUCACUACUACGAUAGUCCAGUUCCAACCGCUAUGGACAAUUGGGGUGCACCAGCAUCAGGUAAUGGUUCUCCUCGCUUUUCUGAUAGGACGGGUUUUGCAGGUAUCAUGAGGCCUAAUGGAAAUGUUAACCAACUUCAAUCACGACCACGUAAUUCACCAAUACAUGUCACAUUCGUUGAUGAUGGUAGAGAUUACGGUGAUGAUGAUUAUUACAGGAGGGGUGAUGUAGGACGUUAUGGAUACCGUGAUGCUGUCAUCGACAGUAGGGAGGCUGAGAAGAAAUUUAAAGGCACCAGGGUCUGA